UCAUGGCAGCUCCAAAAUCCGGAAAAGCAGCUUCGGCGGCCAAAGAACAAAGUGUAGCAGUUAAGGGCUAUCUUUUUAUUUACAAUGCCGCACAGGUGGUCGGCUGGAGUUAUAUACUUUAUCAAUUGAUAAACUACUAUUUACUGCAAGGACCGGAAUUUAGAAAUAGCAUUACACUGUGGGACUACACUCGCGUAUCGGUGAUCAUUUUCCAGAAUGCCGCUUUUGUGGAGAUUUUAAAUGCUGCCUUUGGUUUGGUGAAAUCGAAUCCAGUGUUGACGCUGUUUCAGGUGUUUAGUCGUAUGAUGGUUGUUGUUGGUGUUGUUAUGGCCACACCUACGGCCAAGGUGUCGCCAGGCCUGCCCAUUGCCCUGUUCGCUUGGUCCGUAACGGAAAUCAUCAGAUACGGCUACUAUGCUUUGAAUAUUCUUAAAUUUGUGCCACACAUUUUGGUGUUCCUGCGUUAUACCACCUUCAUUGCCCUAUAUCCCAUCGGCGUGACUGGUGAGUUGUUGUGUUUCUGGUGGGCUCAAAACUAUGCCAAAACAAAUACAGUGUGGUCCAUUGAAAUGCCCAAUGUUUACAAUAUGACCUUCUCGUACUUUGCCCUGCUGUGGAUUGUAAUGCUGGGAUAUAUUCCUCUGUUCCCACAAUUGUAUUUGCAUAUGUUUGCUCAACGCCGUAAGAUGCUGGGCGGUGGUGCAGGUGAUAGUAAAAAAGCUGCAGCCAAGAAAUCGAAUUAA